AUGCUUAUUGAAGAUAAUAAUCCAAGUAUUCCAUAACUGUCUAACUGUCCUUACUUUUUUAGAGUCUUAAGAGAGAAAGUAAAGAACGAAAAAAAGAUAACUGCACCUAUAAAAGAAGAUUAUGCUCAGCUCCAGAAUGAGUAAUCAGCUGAUGAAUUAUUCAAUUAGGAACCUAAAAAAUUAUCUCCAAGUAGAUUAAUAAAGUCUAAAUUAACUAUAGCCAAAGAGUAAAUGAUGAAAAUAAGAGCAGAUGAAUCAGGCAAGUUGCUGAAUCGCAGUCUAUUGGGGAAUUCAGACAUAUAUCAUAAAGUAGAAUAGAGGCGACAAUUAAAGGAAGAAGAGCUUUAAUAGUCGAGCAAGAAACACAAAAUAUCUGACUUCCUAAAUUAAAAAAGAAACUAUAACAUAAUUACUACUUAUAGCAAGAGGAAUUCUACAACUAUCCACACUAACUCAAAUAAGAAUAUAAAUUAAGGCAAUGGCUACAAUCAUCAAAACCCAAAUCCAUAUUAUCAAGGUGCAGAAGCUUUUAAUCAUUAAAGGAGAUCAAGGGAUACUAAACCAUUUUAUGAUAGGUACAUUAAUCAAACUCCUAACUCUGGUUACCUGUCCUUAAACUCACAGUCUAACACUGGAAGAAAAGAAAAUGCUGCUAAAAGAUUUGAAGAUAACUAAAAGCUAUGGGAUACUACAUCCAGUUUUAUAAAGGGUAAAAUAAGACCAAGUGGAGUAUCACUUUUAGAUAAACAGAGACAUCAUGCCAUCUAGAUCAAAGAUGAAUAAGAAGCCAUUGAUCACUAAACUUCAAGAAGAGGACGCAGUGUUGAUAUGCAGCAUUAGCUGAGAAGUUUUUAUCAGAAUAUCAGGGAUUCAUAGAUUUGUUACACUACAGUUUAAACUAAGAACCCUUUCACUAUGAUAUGGGCAACAGAUCCAUCACCAAGCAGAGUCAAAAGUGGAACUUUCGAACAGAGUUUCAUAACAUCAACAAAGAAUUCUGCCAUAGGCAAAAAUAGAUCUCCAUACAGACCAAUCUUAAUUUAUAAUUUAAAUUUCAAAACUUAAAUGGACAACUAUACUAUCAAGCUCAACGCUACCCACUCCCAUCUUAAAAUCAGACUAGCUGAGAUCAGAUUUGACAGAAGAAAUACUAUUAGACAAGUCAAAGAAGUACUUGAGAGAAAGUUCGGAACAAAUGCUGACGAUAUGACCAUUGAACUCAGAGACUCAUCUGAUAAUUUCCUCUAAGUCUUGCAUAAUGAUCAAGAGACUAUCGCUCAUUAUGGUCCUUAAGAGGGAUAUACUUUUCACGUCAUUGAUGCUGCUCCAGCAAGCUAUGGAGAUCUUGACGAUGUGAGCUAAGUUGAAAAAUAUCAGAUUAGUGAGGAAGAAUACAACAAAAGAGACGAUACAUUCAGAAAGUUUAAGACCGACAUGUAAAAGUAGGAUCCAACCUUCAUGAAAAAGGCAGGAAACAAGAUUCCAGAUGAUUUCCAAAAGGAAGAAGCUGACCAAGUUUCCGUUGGCCAGAGAUGUGAAAUAAUCAUCGGGCAAAGAAGAGGCGAAGUCAAAUUCGUUGGGAAAAUUCCAGAACUUGCUCCAGGAUUUUGGGUAGGAGUUCAACUUGAUGAGCCCACUGGAGACUCAGAUGGAACAGUUAAGGGAAAUAAAUAUUUCGAAGCUGUAGGCGGAAGCAAAUUUGGCGUCAUCAUCAGACCAAAGGAUGCUAGAUUCGGAGAUUUCCCACCCCUCGACGAUUUUGACGAGAACGAAGACGAAAUUUGA